AUGUUGCAGUUACUCGCCUUCUUGUCCUUGAUCGUGACUUCGCUCGCUUCCUACGGUGCCAACCUCAACUAUCGCUCCCCAUCACACAACCAUCCAGGUCUCGGAAUCUCUGUCCGCAAGGUCGUUAAGCGACACGAGCCUCGAUCAGCGUUCGCUGAAGGCCAGCUCAACUUCACCCAUGGUGUUGCUUCGGGCGACCCGUACCCUAACAGUGUAAUUCUGUGGACAAGAUGUGCACCAGAUUUGGAUAACGUCGACGACAAUAGCACGACCUCCGGCCUCGUCAGCCUCUACAACCCAGUGCCUAUCUUCUCGAGCAAUGACACCGACGAACAUAAACCUGUGUCCAAUGCUCCAGUCUGUUUGAACUGGAAGAUCGCAUCAGACAAAGGACUCUCCGCUGUCGUGGACUCGGGGACUGUACAUACAAGCUCCGACGUCGACUAUACGGUCAAGGUCGAAGCGACGAAGCUACAGCCUUUCACACAAUACUACUAUCAGUUCAACGUGUGCAACUCGAAUGUGUCAAGCUUGGUCGGCCGCACCAAGACGACACCCUCACCCACCGAUGAUACCAGUGCAGUAGGAUUGGCUGUCUACUCUUGCAGCAACUAUCCAUUCGGAUUCUUCAAUGCGUAUGGUAAUCCGGUCAGGAAGGAUUCAGUUGACUAUGUUCUUCAUCUUGGAGACUACAUCUACGAAUAUGGAAAUGGCGAGUAUGGUUGGGGUAAUUCCAUCGGGCGUAUCCCAUUACCCGAUCGACAAAUCUACACCCUCUAUGACUAUCGAAAGCGACAUGCCACCUACCGAACUGAUCAUGAUCUGGUAUUGAGUCAUCAGAAUUUCCCUUGGAUCCCGGUCUGGGACGACCAUGAGGUUGCUGAUAAUACUUAUCGUGAUGGGUCAGCUGAACUCAAUAACACCGAGGCCUCCUUUGUCGCAGAUGGUGGUGUCUCAGUUGAUCAACGAAAGAUGAAUGCUGUCCGAGCUUAUUGGGAGUGGCAGCCAAUUCGACAGGUUGAUAUUAGCGAUGAUCUACGCAUUUGGCGCUCUUUCGCCAUCGGCAAUCUUCUUGACCUGGUCAUGCUUGACACUCGUCAAUACGAUCGAUCGAUCACCGACCUGUACUGGAACACGCAUUACAUCCACGAGAUCUCCAACGACGCAGGUCGAUCGAUGAUGGGCUCACGCCAAGAGAACUGGUUCUACAAGACUUUGAUAGACUCCAAAGAACGAGGAGCAACAUGGCGAGUCAUCGGCUCCCAGACCGUCUUCAGUAGAAUCAAUGCUUCCGUCGCAUAUGGGAACGUCGACCCCUUCAACUAUGACCAGUGGGAUGGAUAUCUCGCCAACCGCAACCGAACCUACAAGACCUUGUACGAUAACAACAUCACCAACAACAUCAUGAUCUCUGGCGACAGCCACGCCAAUUGGGUUAGCGACCUGAUCUGGCUAGGUGAACACCCCUACAACGCCAGCACCGGCGAGGGCGCCAUCGGCGUCGAAUUCGGCGGUUCAGCCGUCUCCUCUCCUUCACCAGCAGGACAGAACAUCAGCAUCGCCCGCAGCGUGCUCAGCAGUCAGGCUCUUGUCCAGAGCAACCCCGAGCUCCAGUGGCAGGAAUUCUACUACCGCGGCUACUUUGAACUACACCUCUCGCACGAGAAAGUCGACGCCAAGUUUUUCGGGCUGCCGACCCUGAUCAACCGCAAUCCCAAUGAGAUCAGUCUUGCGAACUUCACUGUCUAUGCGGGCGAGAAUCAUCUGCAUCGCUUUAACGGCAGUACCGUCCCAGGUGGCGCUGUGGAGAAUGGGUUCAUCAAGCUCGGUAAGACGGUGCAGACGAACAUCACGAAUUCGACGGAGACGGGACUGUAUUUCAUCAGUCAUGAGGAUGUGGAGGAUUUGUGA